AUGGCCAAGGUGAAAGCAAAAGAUAAAAAAGGGAGGAAGAUCACCUUGAAAACUGCAAAAAAUUCCAUCCGGAUAUCUUUUGAUGGAGGGCGUCGUCUUGAUUUAAGCAAGAUGGGUAUCACCACCUUCCCCACAUGCAUUCUGAAACUGGCUGAUGUGGAUGAACUUGAUUUGAGCAGAAACAUGUUAAAAAAGAUUCCAAGCAGCAUCGAGAAGUUCCAGAAACUGCGCUGGCUGGACUUGCAUAGUAAUCAGCUAGAGGAGCUGCCUGCAGCGAUAGGUACACUCCAGAGCCUUUUCUACUUGAACAUAUGCAACAACAAGCUCACCACCAAAGGUCUGCCAGAAGAGUUGAAGCUUCUGAAGAACCUGUGUAUUCUCAACCUUGGCUUGAACUGUCUUGACAGUAUUCCCACCACACUUGGUGAAAUGAAAGAACUUCAGGAAAUAGGUGUUUUUGACAAUGCCUUGACGACCAUUCCAGACAGUGUGAAAAAGCUCCCCAAGCUCAAGAAACUGAAUGCAAAAAGAAACCCUUUUCCAGAUUCGACAAAGCCAGAAGAGCAUGUUGACUCCAUUAAACGCAUAGAAACACUUUACAUAGUAGAAGAGAAAGACCUGUGCUGUCAGGAUGAGAGGGACAAGGUAAACAAGUUAAAGAAUGUGAUAUCUAGCCCCUCAAACGAUCCAAGUUUCUCUUCACUCCUUACACCCAAUUCCUCUGCAAAGAAUAACCAAGAAGAAUGGAGAUUAAAAGACAAAUAA